CAUAAUCGAAACUAGUGAUAUAGAAGAAGAUAAGCUACCAAUGUGGAGGCUAAAGAUAGCAGAAGGAGGCAAUGAUCCUUACGUGUACAGCACAAAUAAUUUUCUUGGAAGGCAAAUAUGGGAGUUCGAUCCUGAUGGUGGCUUCCCUGAAGAGCGAGCUGAGGUUGAGGCUGCUCGUGAAAAUUUCUGGAAAAAUCGAUUCCAGGUCAAGUGUAGCUCUGACCUCCUUUGGCAAUUCCAGUUUCUGAGAGAGAAAAAGUUCAAACAAACAAUUCCUCAAGUAAAGAUUUAGGACGGUGAGGAAAUUACAUCUGAAACUGCCGCUGCCGCAUUAAGGAGGAGCAUCCACUUGUUCUCAGCCUUGCAGGCUAGCGAUGGCCACUGGUGUGCAGAAAAUGCAGGACCAAUGUUCUAUUUUCUCCAAUUAGUAUUGUCCGCUUUGGCCCAUGGGCCUCACGGAUUUGUCCCUUGGGAGUUUUAUUCCCAAAAGCGUGCUGACCAGGUGAGGAAGGCUCCCACAUAUAUGGCCCAAAUCUUUUCUUCCCGUAUUACAUUACACAUUGAACGUCACAGUACCAUGUUCUGUACAGUUCUUAACUAUAUAUGUAUGCGCAUACUUGGCCAAGGACGUGAUGGUGGAAGGGAUAAUGCUUGUAAAAGAGGGCGACAAUGGAUUCUUGAUCAUGGUGGUGCCACUGCCAUAAGCUCGUGAGGAAAGACGUGGCUAUCAAUACUUGGUGUUUAUGAGUGGGAUGGAAGCAACCCUAUGCCCCCAGAGUUUUGGGUCUUUCCUACUAUUUUUCCCAUGCAUCCAGCAAAAAUGUUUUGCUACUGUCGACUCACUUGCAUGCCUAUGUCGUACUUGUAUGGUAAGAGGUUUGUUGGUCCAAUCACAGCUAUUAUUUUACAAAUAAGAGAAGAAAUAUAUAAUGAACCUUAUCACGAAAUCAAGUGGAAGAGUGUGCGCCAUUUAUGUGCAAAGGAAGAUAAUCACUACCCCCACACUUUGAUACAAAUAUUGAUAUGGGAUGCUCUUUACACAUUUGGUGAGCCUCUCUUCACUCAUUGGCCCUUCAACAAAUUGAGAGAAAAGGCUCUCAAAGUAACGAUGGAUCACAUUCAUUAUGAAGAUGAAAACAGUCGAUACAUUACCAUUGGAGGUGUGGAAAAGCCACUAUGUAUGCUUGCUUGUUGGGUUGAAGAUCCCAAUGGGGAUGCUUUUAAGAAGCAUCUUGCUACGGUAGCAGAUUAUGUAUGGGUUGGAGAAGAUGGAAUAAAGAUGCAGAGUUUUGGCAGUCAAGUAUGGGAUGCAAGUCUUGUCCUCCAAGGUUUGAUUGCUAGCAACCUUUCUGAUGAAAUAGGGCCCACACUUAAGGAAGGACACAACUUUAUAAAGAAUUCUCAGGUCACCGAGAAUCCUCCUGGUGACUUCAAAAGUAUGUUUCGUCAUAUAUCCAAAGGAUCAUGGACUUUCUCUGAUAAAGAUCAUGGAUGGCAAGUUUCCGAUUGCAUUGCAGAAAGUAUGAAGUGUUGUCUGCUUUUCUCUAUGAUGCCCGCGCAAGUUGUUGGUGAGAAAAUGGAACCUAAGAAGCUGUACGAUUCUGUCAAUGUCUUACUUUCUCUUCAGAGUAAAAAUGGUGGUUUAUCAGCCUGGGAACCAGCAGGAGCAAGAUUAUGGUUGGAGUGGCUCAAUCCUGUGGAGUUUCUUGAAGACCUUGUAAUUGAGCACGAGUAUGUGGAGUGUACUUCGUCAUCAAUCCAGGCCUUAGUUCUAUUCGAGAAGUUAUAUCCUGAGCACAUGAAGAAAGAGAUCGAAACGUUCAUCGUAAAUGCUGUGCAAUUCCUCGAAGACAUACAAAAGCCUGAUGGUUCAUGGUAUGGAAAUUGGGGAAUAUGCUUCCUUUAUGGCACAUGGUUUGGGCUUGGAGGGUUAGCUGCUGCUGGCAAGACUUACAACAAUUGUGCUGCUAUUCGUAAAGGUGUUGAUUUUCUUCUCAAAUCACAAAGAGAUGAUGGUGGAUGGGGGGAAAGUUACCUUUCCUGCCCAAAGAAGGUAUAUACUCCUCUUGAGGGUAGCCGAUCAAAUUUGGUACAGACUGCCCUGGCUAUGAUGGGUUUGAUUCAUGGCGGACAGGCCCAAAGAGACCCUACACCUCUACAUCGCGCUGCAAAGUUGUUAAUCAAUUCACAGACAGAACUUGGUGAUUAUCCACAAUAGGAAAUAAUGGGAGUGUUCAUGAGGAAUUGUAUGUUACACUACUCGGCAUAUAGGAAUAUUUUUCCCAUGUGGGCUCUGGCAGAAUGCCUCCGCCACGUUCCUUUGCCUUCCAAAAAUAUCUAAAUCAAGUCUAAAGUGUUGGCAAAUGUAAGAUUU